GAACAUCCGAUUUUUAAGAUUGUAAUUGUUUUGUUCGCAUUAGAAAUGGAAGGAGUUGGGAUGAUUUAAAGCUCAUUCAGAAAAACUGAAAACGAUGGGACUUGACAUUUACAACGCGACGUCAGUGUGUUCGACUCAAGACUUAAUUUGCAAACUGGGCUCACAAGUUUGCACGCGUUGUUGCGCGGUCCUGCUGGGCACUCUUUCUGUGUCUUGUUUGAUUCAUUUGGUUUUGCGGCACGAGACCUUCCCGCUUCAGCGCUUAUCUCAUCAAAGAUCCUGCCACUGACCGAUAACUCACCCACUCAGCAUUUAGAUUACUACAACCAUUUCAGAAGCUGCACAAAGCCGGAUUCCACAAACAUACAGGUAUGUGUGAGAACAAUCCGGCUCAGUGUAGGACCAGAAGGUGCGGUGACGCUCUGAACUUUCGGGACAUGGACGCACACACAGACGCGGACUGCCAAUACAAAGAGGUCGGUGUGUGUCAGAAAGGAUGCGGGUUAGUUUUGCUCCAAAGGGACGUGAGUGAUGGAGACCAUUGCUGCGUGCGGGCGCUGCGCGCGGAGAACGGGGCGCUGCUGCUCAGGAGCGCGAGGCUGCAGCAUGAAGCACUGAAGCGGAGGGCCAGGUGGGACGCGCGAGAACAGCACCUGUUGGCCCAGGUCACCUCACUGCAUAACGAAGCGAGGCUCACUGCGGUCACCCACCAGAAGAAACUCCAACAGUACAUGCUUCACAUCAAUGACAUUACCAAACAGCUGAUUGGACUUUGCAAGGACGACCCCCAGCUGGACCCUGGGGCAGGGGGCGUGUCCGUGUCCCACAUAUCCGAAAGGGAGCCGGCGGGACAGAGGGAGGGGCUUCAGGCGAAGGACCGCGUCCCGCAGGUGAACGGGAAGGAUAUCUCCAAGGCAACGCACGAGGAGGCGGUGGAGGCCUUUCGGAGCGCCAAGGACCCCAUCGUGGUGCAGGUCCUGCGGCGGAACCCCGUCUCCAGGAGCCAUGGCAACACUCAGGAAGCGCGGCUGGUGGACGUCUGCACGCAGACGGAUAUCACCUUCGAGCACAUCAUGGCCCUGGCCAAGCUGCGGCCGACCACCCCUCCUGUGCCAGACAUCUGUCCCUUUCUGCUCUCCGACAGCUGUCACUCACUCCAGACGAUGGACCACGAGUUCUACGAGGGCACGGACUACCUCUCCCCCAUCCCGGCCGACAUCGAGCGCACGGACGAGUUCGAGUACGAGGAAGUGGAACUAUGCCGACUCAGCAGCCAGGAGAAGCUGGGCCUGACUCUCUGCUAUCGGACCGACGAUGAGGAGGACAUCGCCAUCUACGUCAGCAAGGUUGGGCCGAACAGCAUCGCGGCCAGAGAUGGGCGGAUCCGAGAAGGGGACCGUAUACUACAGAUUAACGGGCAGGACGUGCAGGAUCGAGAGGAGGCCGUGACCAUGCUGUCGAGCGAAGUCUGCGGGAACGUGGUGCUCCUGGUCGCCAGGCCCGAGAUGCAGCUGGACGAGGGCUGGCUGGACGAUGAGCAGAACGAGCUGCUGGAGGAGCUGAAGAUGGAGAUUUUGGAGGAGCAGCGGAAGGAGGAGGCGCAGCUGGUCGCCAGCACGUCCAAGCAGCCCAGGCGGCCGGAGGAGGAUGACAUCACAACCGACACGGCCACCUGCUCCUCCAACAACCAGGACAAGGACAGCGGCGUUUGCCGGACCGAUGACAGCGGUCGCCACGACGACACCUCGGAGCAGGAGGUCCUGGCGCGGGUCCAGAGGCGGCUGUCGCAGUGCCUGCGGGAACGGAGGGGGAGGGGAAGGGGGGUGGGGACGCCCGCGAACUCCCGCGAGGGGCGGGGCAACCGGCCUCCCUUAAAGGAGGAAGAUGAGGAGGAGGAGGCGGAGGAGGAGGGGGAGAGGGAAGGCGGGGAGGGGGAGGAGGGACGUUUCCGGCAGCUGCUGGAGCUGAAGUGCCAGAUUCGGAACAGCGGGGAGUACGACCUGUUCUACAGUCGGCGGAGCACCAUCGAGUGCAGCCUGGCCCAGCAGGAGGAGGGCGUGCAGGAGGGGGUCCAGCGGGAGCUGCGCCUCCUCAACGAGGAGCUGAGGAGCAUCGAGCAGGAGUGCCAGAACAUCAUGCAGGCCCACCAGCUGCGCCUGGCCCAGGACCAGAGCCCCGACCGCCGGCCCGGCGGCGGCAAGGACCGGCGCGCCGCCGGGCCCAAGCUGGCCGACAUCACGGAGCACCCGGAGCGGUCAGACAAGGACAGCUCCAGCGCCUACAACACGGCGGAGAGCAGCCGGAGCACGCCGCUCGCCAUCGAGCGCUCGCCCGACCACUCCCUGCAGAGGAUCGUCCGCCUCACCAACCAGAAGAACCUGCGAAGCUCCGCCCUGGCCAAGACCGCCACCGCCACCGCCCCCCAGGACGAGAGGGACCCCGCCGGCUCGGACCCCCCGUCCACCCCGCCGACGGGCGAGGACGAUCGCCUCCACUGCUCCAAGCUGGCCCCGUACCCGUCGCCCUACCACGGCGCCCCGUACCGCCACCCCAGCAUCCCCGCCCACGCCCGCCACUACCAGAGCUACAUGCAGCUGAUCCAGCAGAGCUCGGCCGUGGAGUACGGCCAGAGCCAGCUGAGCCUGCUGAGCGUGUGCAAGGACCUGCAGCCGCACCGGCCCGCCGAGCCCAAGGCCGAGUGGAAGGUGAAGGUCCGCAGCGACGGCACCCGCUACAUCACCAAGCGGCCCGUGCGGGACCGGCUCCUGCGCGAGCGCGCCCUCAAGAUCCGCGAGGAGCGCAGCGGCGGCACCACCACGGACGACGAUGCCGCCAGCGAGCUGAAGAUGGGCCGCUACUGGAGCAAGGAGGAGCGCAAGCAGCACCUCCUGCGGGCCAAGGAGCAGCGGCGGAGGAGGGAGUUCAUGAUGCGGAGCCGGCUGGAGAGCCUGAGGGAGAGCCCGCAGAGCGGGGGCGAGGGCGGGAGCGGGGGCCGCAAGGAGGUCUCCAUCCUGGAGCUCAGCCACAGGAAGAUGAUGAAGAAGCGCAACCGGAAGAUUCUGGAUAACUGGAUGACCAUCCAGGAGCUGAUGACCCACGGGGCCCGGGCUCCGGAGGACCCGCAGGUGCACAACGCUUUUCUCUCCGUCACCACCGUGUAAAAAAAAAAAAAAAAAAAAAGGAGAAGAAGAGCGACGCGAACUCAGACACACGGACUCACUCUGCUACCCCGCGUGGUACGAUUUUAAUUGCCUCGUUCAAUGUGGCAUUUUUACGAGAAAAAAAAAAAAAAGACGAAGAAGUAGACGAAAGAGGAAAAAAAAUGAUAUUUUUCACACUUUAUAAACCUGAGCUACAUUUUGUAAACUAUUUUCUUCAACGGUUUGUUUUUUUUCAUUGAGAUUUCUUCAGUAGCUUCUUCGUUGUUUAAUUUAUUGAAAUUUUUAUUGUUUGUUUUUUUGUUUUUUUUUGGUUAUACGGUAAAAACUCAAGUACUUCUUUUGAGUUGCCUUGCUAUUGAAAUGCCUAAUGGGAGAGUUCCUGGGCUGUUCGUUUUGAGCCUAAAGCACACGGUUUAUGGCUUUUACGCUGCACGAUCUGGCUCCUCCUGUGUCCUUUGCCUUGAUGCUAUGUAUGCCGGUAUCUUUUCUGCUCCCUCCUUCCGUGUCCAUAAAAAAUCUCUCUGGUUUUUUGUAGAUCCACAGCAAACAGCUUGCUCGCAGCUGCGAGGGCAUUACUUUGCCGAACGGUCGUUUUCAUUGGCUACCGACCGCACUUCUCGUUAAGGUUGGCCAGCGGAAAACCCCAACACCUGGCGCGGCGCGGCUCUGCCAGCGAGUGUUUUCCAUUUCCCUUCUUUCCAUGUGGCUACGAGAGCAAUUACUGCAGCUCUCGCGCUCCCGACAACCCUCCAAGAUCUGCUUUGGGUCGAGCCAGUGUCCGUUUUGGCUUCCGGACUCUCCAACGGCAGUUCUGCUCUCGCGGCCAACUCUCGACGGUUAUUUUCCGAGGCCAGAUUGGCGCUAACGGUGUAGCGUGUGCUCCAGGCUUCAAUCGGGCAUCUCGGUCUCGGCCUCCGCUCUAGUCUCAGAGCCGUUUAGCCGCUGACGCAGGGAUGGUGGGUUGUGCUAGCCCAGCAGAGGAGGCCGCACUCAAAAUGUGGUCACCUUCCUCCCCUCUCAGUGUCUCGCGUCCAUUCAAGGAAUCAAUCCGGGAUCAUUCUGGACCCAGCAACAGACCGCGAGCAGUAUUCUCAUUGAUCUCCAUAUUCAGUAUUCAAAAAUGGUCAUUUAUAUAAUUAUGCAUUCUCAGUUAUGUCUGCCCUUAUCAUAUUCAAAGUUUUCAAAUCUCAGUGUUCCAUGUGUGGUUCAUCAAAUUUACCUGUCAAAACCCCUCAAAACCCAACUGGAACAUUUUGCUUUCAAAAGUUGCGUCCCACGUUCCAAGCUCUUGUUGUUUUUCUACCGAAAGGAAAUGGCUCAUUUAUUUUGCAUGCACACUUGCAUACCAAGAACAUAAUGAAUCAUUUACGGAAUAAUUAAAAUAAUUUCAUUCUCACAUAAAUGUGGAUCAAAGAAUGUUGCGAUAACAAUGGCACUGACCCAGUUACAAAUGAAUAAGUCAAACUUAUCCAAACAUUUCUGUGGAACCUUGUCUCCAUGGCUACAAUAUCCCUGUCUCUCAGUAUGAGAAUGAUUUACCAUAAGGUGAUAUAAUUUUUCAGAGCAUUUUAAAGCUUGUCUACAAUAUUGCAAAUUCUUCUGUAUACAUUCGUUAUUUACAUUUUACUCUAUAGCCAGCCUUAAGUUUUUUUUUUCUUUUUUUACUUUUAUAAAAUGGCCAAAAUGAUAUUGUACAACAUUGCCUAUAUUUCAAUCGAGCAAUGAAAUGCUACUGGAAAUAACCAUCUGCUCUGUUAUGGAGCACAAACACUUUCAUACACUAUUCACAAUUGUUUUUUGUUUUUUGUUUUUUUAUGCUACAUAUUGUAAAUUCUACCUGUAAAUUAAUCCUGUAUUUGUUCCAAGUCAAUGUUGAUGGUCUUAUUUUUAGGUGACAUGUAGUAGACAUAGAUGUUGACAGGUCAUUGUGUGGUAAUUGUGAUAACUGGAAAAAUGAUAAUGAUAAUAAAUUAUUGUUUAUCUUUAUGAAAACCA